AGUGAGGUAACGCAGGCGUGCCGCACCGCCGGGUGACGACUGCUGCUCCUGCCGAGAUCGUGCUGCCGACAAGUUUCGCUUUUCCUUUAACAAACUGCCGUGAAAUCGGAUCAGGAUGUCGACACCUGACGAAGGCACGCCAACCUUUAGACAAUGGAUAGCGCGGCUUCCCCCGUUCACGGCAGACAACAUCUACAAAGUGUACCUGCCAAUCGCUGGAGCAGUCAGCUACUGCACGUUUUCGGUCACCGUUUUCAUACCGGAGCUGUUAUCGAGGCUGUACCCUGACCAGAGUGUGACAGUGGCAAACUGUCUUCUCUUCAAUUCACAUCUUGGCACCGGGCUGUACGUCUACUUUCGUCCGCACAUGACACGAGCUCCACCGUACCACCGCAUCAUGUACAGUGCCUACCAAGCAGUUCUCUUCAACUUUGGCUCAGUGCUUCUUUGGGCUGUCACGAAGUCACUUCUACCCAACUCCAACCUUGUGCGCUCACUUUUUGCGGCUUCCACUUCAGCUUGCUUUCUUGCCAUCGGCAUGGAGUACCUAGAAUUCCUCGACACUCCUGCGGAGGAGGAAUUUUCACCGUCAGCAACCUCGCCACGCUGCUAGGAGGAUGUGUUACCAUCUUCCCAUAGAAACAUGCACCUCUACCAGCUUGAGUUAGGUUUUUGCUGGUGCCUGUCAAUGCUGGCAUGAAUGGGUCUUGGUAUCAGUAAGAUGUUCCGCAGUGAGAUCUGUUUGAGAAGUCAAGAUUGCUUUGUCUCUUGUCUAAAGCUCCCUGUAAACCUUAAUAUAUGUGUCUUGAAACUGCAGGGAUCAUAAGGUCAUUACCAUUUAUGGGCCUCAUCUUGAGUGGAUAUGAAUUACACCUGCGUUUCAUGUUGCACACACUGUCAUAGUGAGUUACUACCUAUUUUCUGAGAGCUGUACAAAUAUAUUUUUUAAUUACUGGUCAUAAUGUGAGAUUCACUUUGUAGUGAUGUAGCUGAUUGAAGACUGUAAUUGAAGGCAAGUUAUUGCCUGAAAAACACACUGCUAUGUGUCAGUGCCUAAGCAUCGGGCCCUUGUCCGUGACUCAGAGUGUAUGCAGGCAGCUAUGCAGAUGUGUGCCGGUUUUGGUAGCGUGUAACUGUGAAUGCAGAAGCUGACUAGAACUGCCAAUUCUUGAAAUUUGUUUCUGCAUUACUAUUAUUGAAGACUAGGUGUAGUCCCUGUUGUAAUGCUUUAUUAAUCUUUUUUGCAUUCUUAAGGAGACUAUGACAACACAAUCUUUGCCAAUAAUUCUCACAGAUCCCACUUCAUGGAGCUUUACUCUCUGCAAAAUAGCUCACUAGCAGACAAAAGAUCCUAAGAAUUUCCGUGCUCUCACUGUGGUAGUAGUGAAUGCAUAAAUCAUUGUUUCGUAUAGUGUGCCUGUUUUUUUUUUAUUUAUAGUGAAUCUUUUGUUUGCUGGCAGUUUUCUAAAAAAAAACUGCUGGUUGUUUCUCUCUUGGCCCUCAGCACAAAGGUCAAGAGGGUGCACUUGUCCCAAGCGUGCUUUUAUCACUACCAGCAUUGAUGGGCACUACUGUCCAUAUAAACGUCAAUCCUGAACACUUGCUUCUGUGACAUUGGCUCAGCUUUUGAAGACCAUAAUUGUAGAGUUGUUAAACCUGUUGCAUGUUGAUUGUAGAUGGUCUAGAGCUUAGGUGAUUUUGUGUAGUUGGGCAGCUUACAAUUUCUGUAAAUAAAGCAGUUUUAGAACGAAACAUGUGCAAACGUUCGCUUGAUCCAAGUACUUUAACUUCCAACGUUAUGUUCUUUCAAAAGGAAAAAAGAAAGGCCACAUUCAGCUGAGCACAGCAAUUAAAGUAAUGGUGAUAGUUGAACCGAAGCAAAAUAGAAUUGUUAUUCUCACCCAGUGCAUGGGCAGCGCAGAUGUGUAGGGUGUCUGUUUUCAAGAAAAAUAUGUUACGUAUACCAAUUGGCCUCCAGACAUCAGUCAGGGUGGUUGCCUUUGUAAUAGCACAGACUUGCAAGUUAGUCAUGAAAAGUAGUUUGUAUUUCAUGAAGUAAUGUAUGUUUGAUAAAAAGCAAUUGUGAGAAGCACAUAUGCCUCAUUAAUUAACAUGUGUUUGUAUGAUAUAAAAUUUGGCUUCUAGAAAGUACAGAAUACUUCGUGGUGGCAUGGAAUAAAGAAGAAUAUUAAAUAUUA